AUGAACACAACUCACAACACCCACCAAAUCCCCUACGAUUCCGCAACCCUACCAGACGGCAGCAAAGUCCUGAUUUCGCAAGCCCAAAUGGCCUCCUGGAACAUCGAGACACUGCAGCAAGCCGCGCGCAUCACAAGCUGGAACGCCUCGACUGGCGAAUUCGUCUUCGCCCAGGAGCCAGCCCACACGCAGAGCAAACUGAGUCCGAAGAAGACUCUUGCUGCAGCCAAGCGCGCGCUCCAGCGGUGCCAGGCCAGCGUCGCCGCAGCCAACGCUGCAGGUGGCUGUGCGGCGACUCCCUCCCGGGCUGAGCAGAUCCUGGGGACCUCCCGGCCAGGGCUGACGAGACCGUCUGUAUCCUCGUUGCCGCCGUCUUAUGCGCCGGAUCUGCAGGAUGGAAGUCCUCCUGUGGCGGCAUCUUCGACUGCGUGCGGGUCUAACGCUGGGGCCUGCAUGUUCUUGCUGGUGCUCGUCCUUCUGUUUCUCGUCCUGUAUACGGGCAAGGAGUACUUUGUGCGAGAGCCGGCCACGCAUGAGCGUCUGGGCCGGUUGCUGAUGGAGGGUGUCUGUCGCGAUGUUAGCGUGAGGGGGUGUAUGGAGCUGGUUAAGGAGGGGAGGGUGGCGAGGGCGAGAUGGUUGUGA